AUGACCUGUUUACGACCUCUUUUCUCAGCCGCGCAGGCGCUGCGUUGCACCUUCAUUGCCUCCAUUGAAUCACCAGCAACCCAAGCUACAAAACAGCUCCACGGGCUCCCUACACGACAAUUAAGAUAUUAUCAGUCUACUUCUGUUCUACGGUUCUCACAACGCCCGCAUUAUCCUCCUCCAGCUGCCGCUACUGCUGCACCUUCCCCUUCUCGAUCUUCCCCAGCGAAAGAUGAAAGCAUACCCAGUGGAAUAGUGGUGGUGGUCCAAGAGAAUGGACAGUUAGGGGAACCAAUGCCUCUCAAAUCCGCUCUAACUAUGUUUGAUCGGUCUCAAAACUACCUGAUUCAAGUUCGAGCGGAAUCAGAAGGUCAGCCUGCGAUAUGCAAGAUCGUGAAUAAGACAGAUUACGAUAAGAGUGUAAAAGAGAGGAGCCGAGCAUCCAAGACAAAACCGACAACCAAUCAAAUAAAGCAGAUAGAGCUAAACUGGGCAAUUGACCCUCAUGACCUCCAGCACCGCCUAAGUCAACUGGAGACCUUUUUGGGCAAGGGCAAGAGGGUAUCCUUGAUUUUAACGAAGAAGCGGCGGAAGAGAAGAGCCACUCCAGAUGAGGCACAACGACUUUUGGCUGCCAUCGAAGAUAAGCUAUUUGAAAUCGGAGUUACAGAGGUGAAGCCUAGGAGAGGCAAGAUCAUGGAGCAUAUGGAAUAUGUUCUGGACAAGAAGAAGACUUAG